CAAUAUAAAUGGGAGGGAGUACCAUUUAGAGUUUGAAGUAGAUGCGUUGCUUCAUUUGGUAAUCGAUUAGUGAGCCAAGCAAAGUCUGCAAAAGUGAUUUUUGUUUGUUCACACACUAUACCGCUCACCAUGAAUCGAAGACCUUCCAUAAGACUCCUCCCGUGUUCCAACUUCCUACUUAGUUCUUGUAGUUGGUCUUAGUAGACUGAGAUUACGCAUGAGCUGACGCUGCUGCUUAUAACAUAUUAACAUGCACACCUUUUUCGCCAUCUUAUCACCACAACCUUCUCAUGGGGCAAUGACCCACGUUUUAGCCAUACAUCUUCUAUGGGCUCCUAGAAACAAGAGAUCUUUUAUUGCUUCACCUCACACUACCGGUGGGAUCUAUGAAUUUCAAAACUUGUCCAAGGAAGUUUGUUCUAGUCCAGCAUCUGGGGUUAGAAAUAUCAGAUGGAGGAAGCGCAGUUCAAGCAUUUCAUCAAUCUUGACUGAUGACAGUUCAACCAUGGCUGAUGCUGAGAAAGAAAUUGAAAGUAUUCACCUUCUUAGCCUGGACCACGGAUUGCAACCAUAUGAAGAUCACUUUAGAUAUAGAAUGAAGAAAUAUGUGCACUGGAAAAGGAUAUUAGAAAAUAAUGAAGGAGGUCUUGAGGAAUUUUCUCUAGGGUAUUUGAAAUUCGGGUUUACCAAAGGAAAUGGUUGCAUUGUCUAUCGGGAAUGGGCUCCUGCAGCUCAGGAAGCUGAAUUAAUAGGCGAUUUUAACGAAUGGGAUGGGUCCCGUCACCAGAUGGAAAAAAACCAGUUUGGUGUAUGGAGCAUAAAAAUUCCUGAUGAUGAUGAUGGAAACACAACUAUUUUACACAAUUCUAGAGUUAAGUUCCGUUUUAAGGAUGUGAGCGGAAUUUGGGUUGAUAGAAUUCCUGCCUGGAUAAAGUAUGCUACGGUAGACCCUACAAAGUUUGCUGCACCUUAUGAUGGCGUGUACUGGGACCCGCCAGCUUCUGAAAGGUAUGAUUUUAAAUACCCCCGUCCUCCUAAACCCAAGGCCCCAAGGAUAUACGAAGCUCAUGUGGGUAUGAGUAGCUCAAAACAUCAUGUAAACUCAUACAGAGAAUUCGCAGAUGAUGUUUUGCCCCGUAUAAAGCAAAACAAUUAUAACACAGUCCAGUUGAUGGCUAUAAUGGAGCAUUCCUAUUAUGCAUCGUUUGGAUAUCACGUUACAAACUUCUUUGCGGUAAGCAGUAGGUCCGGAACGCCAGAUGACCUUAAGUAUCUGAUUGACAAAGCACAUGGGUUAGGUUUAAGGGUGUUGAUGGAUGUUGUUCACAGUCAUGCUAGUAACAAUGUCACAGAUGGUCUAAACGGCUAUGAUCUUGGGCAAGGAUCACAAGAGUCCUAUUUUCAUAGUGGAGAACGAGGCUACCAUCAGUUGUGGGAUAGCAGACUCUUUAACUAUUCUAGUUGGGAAGUUUUGCGUUUCCUUCUUUCCAACUUAAGGUGGUGGCUUGAAGAAUACAAAUUUGAUGGGUUUCGGUUCGACGGAGUGACUUCUAUGUUAUAUCAUCACCAUGGGAUCGGGUUUUCAUUCACGGGAGGCUAUAAUGAGUAUUUCAGUGAGGAAACAGAUGUCGAUGCAGUGGUUUAUUUGAUGCUUGCCAAUACACUGAUCCAUGGUCUCAUGCCCGAUGCAACAAUAGUUGCUGAGGAUGUUUCAGGUAUGCCUGGACUUUGCCGACCAGUGCUGGAGGGCGGCAUUGGGUUUGACUACCGAUUAGCAAUGGGCAUCCCAGACCGGUGGAUGGGUUACCUGAAGAAUAAGCAGAGUGUCGAGGAUUGGUCAAUGAAGGAUAUAACAUGGAGUUUGACAAAUCGCCGAUACACAGAGAAAUGCGUGGCUUAUGCGGAGAGUCAUGAUCAGGCUAUUGUUGGAGACAAGACAAUUGCAUUUCUGCUAAUGGACAAAGAAAUGUAUUCUGGCAUGUCCUGCUUGGCAGAAGCCUCUGUUAUUGUGGAUCAAGGAAUUGCACUUGUCAAGAUGAUUCACUUCUUAACAAUGGCCUUAGGAGGAGAAGGGUACCUAAAUUUCAUGGGAAACGAGUUUGGCCAUCCUGAGUGGAUCGACUUCCCUAGAGAAGGCAACCAUUGGAGCUAUGACAAGUGUAGGCGUCAGUGGGAUCUUGUGGACAUGGGUCACUUGAGAUACAAGUUCAUGAAUGCAUUUGACAAGGCCAUGAAUUUGCUUGAUGAUGAAUUAUCUUUCCUUGCUUCAGAAAAACAGAUAGUAAGCAGCAUAGAUGAAUAUAAUAAGGUAAUUGUAUUUGAGCGUGGAGAUCUGGUGUUUGUAUUUAACUUUCAUCCAGAGAAAACAUAUGAGGGGUACAAAGUUGGAUGUGAUUUGCCUGGUAAAUACCGAGUUGCUUUGGAUAGCGAUGCCUGGGCCUUCGGUGGACAUGGAAGGGUGGGCCAUGAUGUGGACCAUUUCACAUCACCUGAAGGAGUGCCCGGAAUUCCAGAGACAAAUUUUAAUGGUCGUCCAAACUCUUUCAGAAUACUCUCUCCUGCUUUGACAUGUGUGGCCUAUUAUAGGGCUGAAGACAGUACAGACGAAGUGACUGCUGGCAAAAUUAAGACCACGUCAACCAAUCUGGUGUUGGUGGCAAGUGCGGAGGAUCUCCAAGAGUUACCUAAUAAUAAUAGCAUUGACAGUAAAAGCGAGACAGAAAAAGACUUGCAGGAGUCGAAAGUAAUGAAUAUAGAUGAGGAUAGGCCCGAAGAACUCUGAGAUGAAGUGCCCGCUAGUAAAACUGUAACCAUGUGCACCAGUGUAGCGUCUGUGAGUGAUGAGGAGCCACAAGAAUCUCUCGCCACAAGUAAUAGCGGUAUCUGUGAAAGCAAGACAGAAGGCCUGGAGGAUAAUAUAAUGAAUGACUUGAUGAUGUCCAGACAUAUGUUAGAAAAACAUAUUAUCUCAGCCAAUUCAAGCGUACAAGAGAAUUUGGAUUUGCAUGUAUUAAAAAUUUCCAUAAAUCCUCUUCAACUAGGCAUGGACCUGGGCCGGGUCGGGGCCGGGCUUAGGCCCGGCGGGCCUUUGAGUUUUAAUGGGUAGACCCGGGACCGGCCCGGGUAUCCACCGGGUCCGGGUUGGGUCG